AUGGCACAGCUGCUGGAUGAAAUGAUUGAACAAAUACUGAUAAGAUCAGAGGUGAGUGAUCUGAUCCGUUACAGGAGCGUUUCAAAGUCAUGGAAAGAUGUGAUCUCUGAUCCUGAUUUCAUCAAAGCCCAUCUCGAAAACAGUUAUCGACGUGAUCGUGAAUAUGACAAAAUGGGAAACAGAAGAAUUGCAAUGUCUGCUACACCACAGUGUAAUUGGGAACAUUUAUCUCAUGCUGAUAACCUCUAUUUUGUACCUCGCACGCGUCAUCUACUUGGUUCUUCCAAUGGUUUAGUAUGUGUUUCUCGCUCUCGUAAUGAAUUUUCAGUUAUCAAUCCUGAAACCAGAGAGGUGAAUAAACUGAAAAAGCCCGAAAUCCUUGAUCAGGCCGGACCUUUGAUUUAUGGUUUUGGUUACGAUUCAUCCAAUGAUGAUUACAAGGUGGUAUUAAGGUUUAGAAAAGGCAGUAAUCUUACCUGUUUCCUAAAGUUUAGUUUAGAGUCCAACAUCUAG